UUCUCUGAGCUUUCUGAGCCAAUGAGAGCCAGAGCAUCAGUGUCCAUGUUGGCGUGCAGAAGGGCGUGUGGUCUCUAUUUAAACCGUUGGCUUUGCAGAGAUUAAACAGACGCAUCUUACCUGUAAAGGACAUUCUCACUGCGCAUCUCUGCACCAGAAAUCUUCCAAAAUGAGCGACAAACAGGAGGUAAUUCAGGAGGUGAAGACGUUUAAUAGGGGAAGCCUAAAGAAGUCUAACACGGAAGAAAAAAACCAUAUUCCAACCCAGCAGGAAAUUGAAGAGGAGAAGAAAGCCAUAAAAGAGGGGAAGUGUAAGUGAGACGCACCUGCCAUGAUUCCUCUCCUUCAGUCCUGCUCAGUUACCUGCUCUUCCUCCAACUAGGAAUCCUGUCCAUCAUAUCUGCCUCUGCCUCUGUUUUCCAUGCUGCCAUGUUUGAUUAGAAAUUAUGUUUGGGCUGAUGCUAUGGGAAAAGAUAUGUCUGCAAUCCCAAAUAAAUGUAUGCAAUGGAUGUCUUUUAUUGUGCUUUUUCCAUGCAAUUUAGAAAUGGCUAAAUGGAGCAAGAUAACAAUUUUACUGGGUCCAGGCUUUAAAAGAAAAAAAAAUGAAAAAUCAUAAAUAUUUGUAUUAAUGGAAACCCAUCAAAUUUAUUGCAUUGCCAAUAAUUCCAUAAGUAUGCCUGUAAAUGGUGCCAUUCAGGACAUGUUCUGCAAAAUAACACAUAAAAUGAUAUUUUUGCUUUAAUAAAAAUCAAUGUGUCAAAAA